CCCUCCCUGUUUGAAUCUCAUUAGUUUCUUGUGUGUUUCUCCCUGUCAAUAAUCCUGAAUCCAGACUCUCUCUAUUUCCAUCCCUCUCUAUCUGUCAAUCAGCGCCGCCUUUGAACUGAAAACCACUCCGACCAACUUCAACUCACUCAAUCCGGGCGGCUCGGCUCCUUCUCCGGCUUCCUUUUUCUGCCAAGAUUCCCCCCUUCUUUUUUUCUUCUUAUAUAGUUUUCUACCAACCGCCAGAGCUUUGGAAAACGCCAAUACAAGACCCCGCGUUUUUCUUUUAUAUAAAAAAAACUUAAACUCGGACUACCGAGAUCGCCGAGAUCAAGGGUUUGAAAGUUUGUGUUGUGCCCCGGUCAGGAGAGCUUUCUGCACGGGAAACAUGCCGCAGCUCAACGGCGGUGGAGGGGACGAUCUGGGUGCGAACGAUGAAAUGAUUUCCUUCAAAGACGAAGGGGAGCAGGAGGAGAAAAUUUCGGAGAACUCCUCGGCAGAAAGGGAUUUAGCAGACGUCAAAUCUUCUCUCGUAAACGAGUCGGAAACGAAUCAGAACAGCUCCUCGGAUUCAGAGGCGGAAAGACGGCCUCCGCCUAGAUCUGAAACUUUCAGAGACAAAACGAGAGAAAGUUUAGAAGAGGCUGCGAAAAGGCAAGAUGGAGGGCUGUUCAAGAGCCCACCGUACCCGGGCUAUCCAUUUAUAAUGAUUCCCGACCUCACAAGCCCCUACCUUCCCAAUGGAUCACUUUCUCCAACAGCACGAACAUACCUACAGAUGAAAUGGCCCCUUCUAGAUGUUCAACCAGGAGGUCUCCAAAGUAGACAAGCACUUAAAGAUGCCAGGUCCCCAUCACCGGCACACAUCGUUGGGCCCUUCUGCUGGGAAUUCCCCGGACAGUCAGAUCUGAGCCUUCACCAAUUUCAUUUGUCUAAUAAGGUUCCAGUGGUACAGCACCCGCACCAUGUGCACCCUCUCACGCCUCUGAUCACCUACAGCAAUGAGCACUUCACACCAGGGAACCCACCACCUCACCUACAGACAGACGUGGAUCCCAAAACAGGAAUUCCGAGGCCUCCUCACCCGCCAGAUAUAUCUCCUUAUUACCCGUUGUCACCUGGCACUGUCGGCCAGAUCCCCCAUCCGCUAGGAUGGUUAGUACCACAGCAAGGUCAACCUGUUUAUCCAAUCACAACAGGGGGGUUUAGACACCCCUACCCAACUGCGCUCACUGUCAACGCAUCCAUGUCAAGUCUUCUGUCCUCCAGGUUCCCCCCACACAUGGUGCCCCCCCACCACAGUUUGCACACCACGGGCAUCCCUCACCCGGCCAUCGUCACACCCAACGUCAAGCAGGAAUCCUCCCACAGCGACAUAAGCUCUCUCAACAGCUCGAAACAGUCGGAUGCGAAAAAGGAGGAGGAGAAGAAGAAGCAGGUCCACAUAAAGAAGCCUCUGAAUGCCUUCAUGCUCUACAUGAAGGAGAUGAGGGCUAAGGUGGUGGCCGAGUGCACGCUGAAAGAAAGCGCUGCCAUCAACCAGAUCCUAGGGCGAAGGUGGCACGCCCUAUCGCGGGAGGAGCAAGCCAAGUACUACGAGCUGGCCAGGAAAGAACGACAGCUCCACAUGCAGCUUUACCCCGGCUGGUCAGCACGAGACAACUAUGCGGCUAACCAACAGGGGAAAAGGAAGAAGAGAAAAAGGGAAAAGCAGCAAGCAGAGAGCAAUGAACACAGAGAAUAUUUUCCAAACCCUUGCCUUUCACUCCCUCCGAUUACAGAUGCAAAUACCCCAAAGAAGUGUCGUGCCUUGUUCGGGCUUGACCAGCUGAGUUUAUGGUGCAAACCAUGCAGGAGAAAAAAAAAGUGCAUUCGCUACAUCCAAGGUGAAGGCAGCUGCGCCAGUCCUCCCUCUACGGACGGAAGCUUACUAGACUCCCCCCCAUCCUCCCCUUCCUCCGUGGCUCCCUCCCCUUCCUCAAAAGAGUCCAAACCUCAGACUGAACAAAUGCAACCUCUCUCACUGACUAUGAAACCGGCCCACCAGUCACUCCAUCCCCCUCACCUCCUGGCUGGGCCUCCACCACCAUCGGUCACGGCCGGCAAAACGCCCGGCGCCUCCUCCCACAAUGGAGCCCUGGAACACAGUGACGUCUCGUCCUCACGGCAACCGGGCUCCUCGAUGGCACGGCCUUCGUCAUCGCUGUGUCACUCCCACUCGCUCCUCCCCUCUACGGCCCCCCAGCCUCUGUCGCUAGUGACCAAGUCUAUAGAAUAGUCUUCUCCUGUUUUUUAGCUUCACACACACACACACACACCUUUUAAGGUCCUCUCUUUGCUAUAUCGUUCACUAGCCAUUUGUUGUGUUCUCUUUGCGUUUCUGUGCCGCGAGGCUUUGAAAUUUUAGCUUUUGUUUUAUUAAAGUUCAUUGGUCAAUAUUUGACCCCUCAUUAUUGAAAAAAGUCUAAUAAUUAUAAAGAAAUGAUACAAGGAGCUGUAGUAUAGCUUUGUGAAUCUGCCAAAAUUUUUAUGAAUUAUUUUGUUUUUAUUUGUUGAACAGUGCAAACAGAAAAAGCUUAUCUAGAUCCACUUGGAAAUGUUUAAAAAACGGAUAUAAAAAGGUAGAUUAUUCAGUGAGCCCUUAUUUCCCUUGAAAGAGUUGGUUCUCCUUCUUUAUUUGUAUUAAAUACGAGCUCGCGAACCAAUCAUUCAACAUCCAUUUGAACUCUUGGAGGGCACGAGGCUGUACGGCAACACCUCUGAGGAACAAACUUUUAUCUUGUGAUGUUACUUGGUUGUUUAAAUGUACAGAAUAUCGGGGGUGGGGGGUGGGGGUGGGGGUGUUAAUGUGUUAAAUAUGCAUUCUUCCACUGCGUUGUCUUUAUUUUAUUUUAAUUUUUGUUUUCUUUGUUGUUUACCUUUGGGGGCGGAGUCAGGCAAGUUUGGGCGAGCUUGAGGGAGGGGUUGGGUGGGAGGGUUUGAGGAAUAAAAAUUCAAAAAUGUCACAACGCUAGGACCAGUAGUAUUUAUUGCUUUAGAGAUUGCUCGUUGUAUCUUGUAUGUGUCUCUUUUUUUCCCUCUUGAUACAUUGUACAAAUAUUUUUUCUUAAACGACUAUAUGAAAUGAUCCAUUUUUACUAAAGCGAACCUUUUCUUAUUGAUUUCUUACUUUUUUCCUUUUUCUUUCCCUCGCUUAAACACCCGGAUUCCACUCGGUGUACCAUGUAGAUCUCAUGAACAGAAGUAUGCACAACUUCAUUUCAAGGAAUGCGUCUAAAAGCCAUUUUACAAAAAGGAAAAGAAAAGAAAACUUGAAACCAGGCAGUGGGUACCGCGUCUUCAGUAGGUGGAAAAGUGUCUAAAGCCCUUCUUUUUUAUUGCACAGUCACAUCGCUCGGACUGUAGAUUCGUGUACAGAUUUUCCGUGCCAAAUUUUGUGAUAAUUUUCUGCCCCAUCUCCCUUCUAAAAAGGUAAAAAAAAAUAAUUAAAAAAACAAACAAAAAAAACACCCCCACCAUGCUGUAGGGAUCUUUUUUGUUUUGUUGUUGUUUGUUUUUUCUUUUCUUUUGAUACCAUUCUUUGCUGUGACGUUACAUAGAUUGCUAUGUAUGUAGUAUAAAUGUUGCUAUAACAAAUGUGUUUGGUAGCAAAUUGUCAAAUAUUAAAAUUUAAACUUAAUAAAAAGACGGACAUCAUACUGUAUAAACCCACAAGGGCCAAAUUAUGUAUAUUAGGAGGUUCAUAAAAAAACUUAUUAAAUACAAAAAAAUACACAAACUGCCACUUUUAAGUACACUACUACAUAUAGGUAGAUAGAAAAAAUAGGCAUGUUGAUGUUGCAAAAGGCUGUAAAAAAGCUACAAGAGAAUCAUCCACUCGGUGCCAUUGUAGUUGACAUGACACGACUGUAAUCUGUCGAUUUCUUCUCUGGUUUAUUAAGAUGCUAAUGAUAAAUAGUUUGAAUGUUUCCUUAACGGCUGUGAUGUUCCUGUUCUAUUUUAUGCUCUUAUCUUUUUCGUUUGUUUGUUUUUUCCUGUUAUUUUAAAUGGUUCUAAAACCAUGUUUUUGUAAUGAAUAAAUGAUUAUGCUGUACAGUCUCUGUAGCAUGCAGUUCUGUAUUAAUAAAAGCAACUUAGUAUGUGCAAAA